GCCUGUGGCUGUGCCUCUGUCUGUGGUGAGCACCCACAGCUGUUACUUUUACAUUAUUAACUCCCUUGGUGUAGUUUAAUAAUUUUUUUUUUAAAUUUUGAGAAGUGUGGCAUUGUUUCUCACAACAAGGGAAAAGACCACUUGCUUUGUAGGGAAAAAAAAAAGAAGAUCAGGAACCCAAAGGCUGUGAAAUUCUGAUGGAUCCAAAGUUGUGAAAUCCCUUCUGAAGUCCCUGUGCCCUCACCGUGCCUUGGGAAACAACAGUGGGAGACUGCACAGAGAGACCCAGCAGGAUGGGAAUGGGGAGCUCCUGGUGAUCUGGGCACUUUCUCCUUCUUCAUGUUCCUGACCUGGGAGGAGCUGCUUUAGGACAUGGAUCCCAAAGGAGCAAGAGCUACCAGGAAGCUCCGCUGAUCUGCACAGAGCCCCUUUGCCUGCUGCUGCCCCACAGUGAACAGUGACCUGGGAAGAUCCACUUUAGGAUAUUGAUCCCAAAGGAGCAAGAGCUACCAGGAAGCACCACUGAUCUGCACAGACCCUCUGUGCCUGCAUCUUCCCCACAGUGAACAGGGAGCUGCUGAGGAGCCGCAUGGUCCAUCCCUGGAUUCUCCAAGCACUGACUCCCAUCAUCUCAGACCACAGCCAGGGGCCACAUCCCACUGCCUGCCCAGUGUCCAUCCAUGGAGGUGACCACCGUGUCCCCAUCUCCUGCCUCAUUCACUGAAGGGGACAAUCUCUGUGACAGAGAUGUCACCAGUGUGGCCAUGCACAGUGUGACACUGCUCAUCUGCCUCUGUGGGCUGGCUGGGAAUGGGGCUGUCCUUUGGCUCCUCAGCCUGAAAAUCCGUAACUCUGGCAUCUUUAACCUGGCUUUUGCCGACUUCCUCUUCCUUGUCUUCACGGUGCCCUCCAUCCUUCUCUUCCUAGUGGAGGACAUAUCCUGCUCUAUUAUUAUGCCCCUGACGUACAUGAGCUUCCUUUUCCAGCUCUCAAUGGUCUCCUUCUACUGGGCAUUGUUCCAACUGGCAUUCCUCAAUUUCAGGAAGGACAUGACCUUCCUCUUUGAGCUCUGCUGCCAUUGCUGUCACCUUCCCGAGCGCCUGUGGUGGGUGGUGGACAGUGUCCAAGACUGGGCCUUCUUUGCACUCUUCACUGUCAUUCCCAUGGUGACAUCCCUGUGCCCAUCACACGAGCAGGAACAGUGCAGGGCAGCUCUCAUCUCCAUGUUCACAGUCAUCCUGCUCCUCUUUGUUGUCCCCAUGGUCAUUUCCCGCACAAUCGACAUCAUCAGGGCCAUGCGAGGCUCCAAAAAGCAGCAACCCAAGAGGAGAGACAUCAUCUUCCUCAUUGUGGUAUUUGCUCUUCUCAUCAACCUCUGCAAUUUCCUGCAGCAGCUCGGGUACAUGCCUGUUUCCUCCCAGGUUGUUUUCCUGCUCACCUGCAUCCACAGCAGCAUCAAACCCUUUAUCUAUUUCUUGGCAGGGCACUGUUGGAGUCCCUGCUCCAUCUGGUCCCUCAGGGACUCCCUCCAGGGAGUCUUUGAGUAGCAGAAACAAAAAUCUUCCCAGAGAAAUGAUGCCCCCACGGACAUGGGGCUCUGAGCUUGUUAAUCCCUUCCACCGCUCUGAUUGAGACAGGGAAUUGAGAAGUAAGGAAUAGUUCAUCAAAAACCAAGACAAUGAGGAAUGCCUGACAUUUACUAUGCUUGCAAAAAUCGGGAGGAGAGGCAAACAGGUUUGUGAUAAACAGAGCCAGAACUUGCAAACAGGGUGAAGGGUGCAAGGCUACCAGUGAUAAGUGAUAAAUCCAAAACCCUUAACCAGCAAGAGCUAAUCUCAAGGCCUGGAAUAUGCCAAGAAGGUUAAGAUGCAUACUCUGGAGACAAAGCUGAAAAGUUCAAGUGCGAUGAAGGGUUUGGAAGCCUUCGUCUGAGACCCCCGAUGACCUCUGCAUUGGGGAGGCACAAGCACAAAAGGACUUUUGUUUCGUUUUAAUACGAAGCGUGGGUAGGCAGGACGAGGUGGGGCUAGGACAUGAAUAUGUAUUGGUUAUAUUGUGUAAUCCUAAAUUUUAGGGAGUAAAUAGAGCAGUAGUUUGAAGUUUCGGUGUGCAGGCUUUGGGAGGAAUUAUCCCUGUGCACCUCAGUGCUGAAUAAAUGCACACCUACUUUAGAACUCUCAUUUCUCACGAGUUACAGAGACUUUUCUGCGUAUCAUGCUGAAGGAUCUCAGCGCAAGUUUUUUGAGUCACUUGAUUAAUAAAUAUCCACACCCUCCCUGUG